ACUUAAGGAUUUGUGCCCAGCGAGUACUUCAACGGAUACCGACUGAAACAUGUUUGAGAACGAGUGUCAUGUCUUUUACAAUGCAUUUCGCAGUAUUUAUGUUGUGACAGAGAGGAAGAAGUUGUGUACUAGUGUUGUUCUGUUGUAAUCCGUGGAGGAAGAGUUAGGGAUAUUUAAAGUGGAGAAGAUGGGGAGUAUGGGGACCAACGUAACGCGAACCACGGGGAAAGGGAAAAGUAAAGCUGCAUUGCGUGCAGGACUACCGAGAAAUGUUAGGAGUAUGAGCAAGGAGGUCCUUGAAGCAACGUUGCAGAAAAAGAGAGAAUGUAAUGCAAAAGCCCAAAAAAUAGUUGAGAGUUUACUGGAGAAAGAUAUCAAUGAAGAAUGGUUCGUCGGCUGUUUGAAAUUUAUUAGUGAUACCCACUUUCAAGAUGUAGUUGAAGAAAGGGCAAUCACUAAACUUUGUGGGUACCCUUUGUGUAAUGGUAUUUUGAAGAACAUUCCAAAUCAACAAUAUAAGAUAUGCACAACACAGAAUAAAGUUUAUGACUUAACGGAAAGAAAGAACUUCUGCAGUAAUCAUUGUUACAAGGCAGCAAAAUAUCUAAAGGAUCAGCUUCUGACAAGUCCACUUUGGUUGCGUGACAAAGAAGAAAUUCCACAGUUCAAGCUGUUGUCAAUGAGUAAAUCAAGCGGCAUGGUUGGAGAUGAGGUACACUUUCAACAAGAAAGUCUUGUGGAUGAAAUAACACAAUUGAAAGAUGACAACUCCAAAAAUUUAAGUGCUAUAUUAACAGAAUCUGAAAUAAAUGCAGAAUUACAAAACACUACAAAUGAACGUGUAUGUGUAAUGAAGACAGAAUUUAAUGAAAUUCUCUCUGAAAGUAGUAAAAAUCUCAAUUUACCUUCAGAAAGCAAUGUAAAUGUAUUUAAGGCAAGUGUAAAUGCGAAUGAGUGUGCUAGAGUUAAUGAAAUUAAAGAGGAGGAUAUAUUGGAACAGACUGAAAGAGUAACACUGACAAAAAAUGAGUGUAGUGGUGUUGAAAUUCAAAGUGGUUUGGAUUAUCAUAGCCUCGGUGCUAAAAUGGAAAGUUUGAAGGAGAAAAAAACAGCUUCAGAAGAUAGUAAAGACUCUGUAAAGAAGAAAAACACAAGUAUUCGGAAAAAAGAGAAAAAGGAAAGUUUAGAUAAACAUUCACCAACCAAAGUACAUAUUAAUAAACAAGAAGCAGCUCCUUUAACAACACUGCUGGUUGAGAAGUGUGUACGAGAAUGGUUUACACUUGACUCAAUGUACUUUCUUUUUGGUGAGGAGAGAAUGAAGGAAAUGGUUGCAGACAAGGACAUAACUCAUUACUUCAAACCUACUGAGAGUGAUUCUUGGGAUCCAGGUAUGCGAGAGCGUUACAUUGCUAUAUGCAAGAAACUCAAUUUAUUGGAACUGGAAGAUAUUAAUUAUGACAAUAAAAUUACCAAGGAGAAUAAGGAGCUGAGACCACUACCAGAGUAUUCCAGUAUUAAGGAAGAGGGACUGAAAAUGCAAUUGAAGGUUAGGGCAUUUUUUGCUGGAAAAACUGCUUACGAGGACUCUUCAGUUGAAGAUAGUUCACAAGAAAAUGAGUCCAGUGGGAAUUUUAUCCCACUGGUUGAUCUGCAUUCAAAGAAUGCUCUUCGCAGGAGAAUAGUGUUGGACCGCUUCAACAGAAUCUUACCCGACCUGUUAUCAACAUUUGGAAUAUCAUCCCGUGACAUAAGUGAUGACCUACGUAGUCUUGUAUUCAGCUUUUGCCUGUCGGCUCACAACAUAACUUUCAAGCCAACAGAAUGGAACCUGUUGGGUCUAAUUGUGUUAAAAAUGCUAUCACUCAGGGACAAGCGGAUCAAGGCUGUGUUAGAAACUGAACAGUCAAGGAAGUACAUGACUAUGAUGCUGAUGGUUUUCCAAGAAGAUGCUGGAUAUCUGGAGAGACUUGUGGCCUGGUUGAUGGAUAUUGACUAUCUUUUACAACAGCAUAGUGGCAGAACAGGGAGUUGAAAUUGUUGGAAUACAACUGGUAUUAAUAUUUUGAUUGUGUGAAAUGUCAUUAGAAAUAAAGUGAACUGGAAAAAUGCUUCCUUUACUAUAGCAGCUCAGAAGCAAAAUUUAAUGAAUGUUGUCUGUUUUCACCACCUAGUGUUAUCAAGUUCACCUAUUUCAAUGUGCUCCAUACUGAAGUAGCACUACAAACCAGAUGUUACAGAUAAUUUUAUAUCUUCACUUUUCCGACAAUUUAACUGAAAAAUAGAAGUACUUGUAAAAAAUAUAUAGCAAAACAAUUUUAUGUAAUACAGGUGUGAAACCAUUCCACAGAUUAUCACUUUAAUUUUUGAACACUACAUAUUUUUACAUGGCAGAUUGGGGUAAGUCUGUAAGCUAAGUUAUAGAGUGCAGAUUCAUUUAAUGAUCAUCCAAAUGUGGAGGAUCUUAAUGGAAGAUCCCUUCAAGUACCCUGUCAGAGUGACUCCCUUUGGAAAAAGUUGGAAAUAGUUGGAAAUAUUCUACUACCAAAUGCAUUUGAACACACAGUAUAUAGUGAUGUUGAUAUUUUUUUCUCAGGUAUGACCUGACGAGAGAAGAAAUAGUGUUGCAUGGGAAAGUAUCGUAUAAAUUAACCUCUGCUUUUGUGCAGAUACAACAGUUAUUUUUCGCAGUGCAGAGGGACAGAUUCACACAGCAAUAAGGCACAUAUUAAUUUUACAAUUAUCAUUGCAAGAAGGCUUAAAAGAGAGGAAAGAUUAGAAAGGCUGUAACAUGCGCAUGAGCGAGGAUGGACCUUCAAAGGCAGUUGAAUAUGAAAAAAUAAUAUUCUUGAGAGUGAUAUCAGUUUGCAAUGAAGUCUGCAAAAAGAAAAGGUUGCAGAUGACUUAGAGUAUGGAAAUGACAGGUGGAAAAUAUCAUUUUCAAGAUUAAUAUAUUAUGGAUCAGAUAGAAGGUAAGGUUUUUGAUAACUCUUUAAAUCUGAAGUAUUUUCAUCCACCAAAAAAGGAUCACGUAUUAAAUGCAAAAAGACCCAUCAACAAUAAUAUGACGUAUGUAAGCAACACUUAUGCCAAAAUACUACAAAACUUGCUAUAGAAACAAUUUUAUGAAGAUAUCAAUCUCAAAACUUGAAGCUUGGAAUAUUAUCUUAAAAUGCAUAAAUUGAUCUCGGAACUGAGGUAAGAAUCUAUGAAGCUAAGGAUCUAUGAAAUGUGCAUGUUGUUGAGAGGGAGAGGGGUUGUUGAGAGAGAGAGAGAGAGAGAGAGAGAGAGAGAGAGAGAGAGAGAGGGUGGGGGGAGGGAGCAUGAAAAAAAAUCUGGACAAAUGUGAAUAGGAUUCACACUAUGAGAGCUCUGUACAAGCUUAAUUAUGUGUACUGAUGAUGAUGAUGAUGAUGAUGAUGAUGAUGAUGAUGAUAAUUUUGUGUGACUUAGUGGCCUGGUGUGAGUCUUUCUACUGGACGCCACUCCAGUGACUUGCCUACCCCAGUUAUCCAACUUGGGAAAGGGGACCUACAGUUUAACAUUGAAUCUGAAACACAUGUUGUUUUUGGUGACUCCUCACAUCAUUGAGAGAUAAAAACUGGGUUAAAAAGAAAACUGAAUACUCUGUGAUCUGACUGAGACUUGAUCCAGUGACCUCUCUGUUUCCAGGCAAGUGCUUUACCACCAGAUCGCCAGGCCCAACAUAUAUACAGAUAAUUCAUGUGUAGAUUUUUCAUUGCCAGGGAACAGUAGAUGUGUGUACCUGUCACAUAUUUCAACAUGAUGCCCAUUUCUGAGAAAAAGGGGACUAAAUAGAUGGGCAGACAGAUGGACAACAAGUGGUAAAAAAAGUUAUAUGAUUAAUUAAAAAUUAACAGUUUCCAGAUUUUUUCCUUUACUUGUACUAUAAAAUUUUGGUUUUUGUUAAAUUUCAUGGUUCUAGGUCAACAGGAAGCACCGCUUCACAGCACUAAGGGACUGUAGACCUUGGUAUGUGACAUAAAUUUCAACUUAAUACAUCUACCCAUUCCUGAGAAAAAGGGGUCUUAACAGUCAGUCGGUCAAUCGGACAGAUGGACAGACAGCAUAGUGAUGCUACAGGGGUUCCUUUUUAACUGUUUGAAGCACCAAACCCUAAAAAAAGAAUAGUUCAAGUGAGGUGCAGAACAACCAAGAAUUAAAAAAUAUUGACCCUAAACUAACUGAAAAAUUGGCUUUGUAUAUUCCCAAAAGGCUGAAAGUAGUUGUAAAAGAAAAGGACUAUAUCAUGAUAUUACAGUUUUGUGCAUUUUACUGUGCCCAGUGGUAAAACAUGGUUUAAUUUCACAUGACAUGGAUAGUAAAUAUUUGUAAUUUACUUUGUCUUACUUCUACAUAGCAUAUAAUAAAUGUCAGUGUAAAGAUGGAUGAUAUUGAAGUUACACAGGCUUUCACAUGUUGUGUAAAUAAAAAUACCUCUUCUUAAGUUGGAAAUGUAUUCAUCUGAACAGCUUUGUUAAAAUGGUUGUGCUUAAACAUCACUGCUGUUGUGUAACAAUAAGCCUGUAAAAACCUCAAAUGACUUUUACUAUAUAUUUCUGGUACUCCAUUGUAUGGUCAUUAUUUUAUUAUGGACUAUUCUGUGUUAUAAAUACAAAACAUUACAGCUGUUGUGUAACAAUAAGCCUGUAAAAACCUCAAUAUGACUUUUACUAUGUAUUUCUGGUACUCCAUUGUAUGGUCAAUAGUUUAUUAUGGCCUAUUCUGUGUUAUUAAUACAACAAAAAUGAACAAAAAGAGAAAAUUUGUGUUAAUACAGAGGUGUUCAAAUCAUUAGGCUCAAGUUCCGUACAAGAGAAAAGACAAUACUGUAAUGUAUAGCUGAGAUAACUUGGAAUUGAAACAGUUAUUAUUCAAUGUGAAGUUUAUUAUUCUUUGCUUCCAUAUUAUCUUCUUUAUCAUUCUUCUUAUUUGCUCAGUUUUCACAAAAUUUUUGUACUGAAACAUCAUUAUGCCUUUGUUAUAACUGCAGAGCGCGAGUUUCCUGUUCACAAUGGCCCAUUAUUUUUCUGUGAAGCUCAUUGAGGACCCUCCAAUGAAAUCUUUAACCUGCUCACAGUCUUCUGCAAGAUCUUCAGUCUGUUUGCUGUUUCUCAUCAAUUGUACUUUCUUUCAUUGAGAAACAGUGAAAUACUUGUGACUUUUCUGGUUAAAAUACCUUUUGUCUUAUCCAUAACCCCAAAAUUAUGAACAAUUACACAUCUCCAGAAUGAGAUUUUCACUCUGCAGCGGAGUGCGCUGAUAUGAAACUUCCUGGCAGAUUAAAACUGUGUGCCCGACCGAGACUCAAACUCGGGACCUUUGCCUUUCGCGGGCAAGUGCUCUACCAACUGAGCCACCGAAGCACGACUCACGACCGGUACUCACAGCUUUACUUCUGCCAGUAUCCGUCUCCUACCUUCCAAACUUUACAGAAGCUCUUCAGCGAAACAUGCAGAACUAGCACUCCUGAAAGAAAGGAUACUGUGGAGACAUGGCUUAGCCACAGCCUUGGGGAUGUUUUCAGAAUGAGAUUUACACUCUGCAGCGGAGUGUGCGCUGCUGAUAUGAAACUUCCUGGCAGAUUAAAACUGUGUGCCCGACCGAGACUCGAACUCGGGACCUUUGCCUUUCGCAGGAAAGUGCUCUACCAACUGAGCCACCGAAGCACGACUCACGACCGGUACUCACAGCUUUACUUCUGCCAGUAUCCAUCUCCUACCUUCCACACAUCUGCUUCCUCUGUACUAAAGUAAAAAAGUGAUGUUAUCAGUUAACAAAAUGAUGUGAUAAAGGACCAAAUUAUUACACAGUCAAGGAAAUACUUAUAACAUUUCUGAAGCUAAAAAAAUUAAGCUUUGAUUUACACCACUGUAUGACAGUCAGCUGGAAUACAUGACAUAAUAGUAAGUGGAGUGUCAGUUACAUGAAUAGUCUCAUUUCCACUAACAAAAGUUAGCCUCUAAACCACAGUUUCUGCAACUUUUCUGUCAGUGACCCCUUUCAUGUAGACACAUUUUUGAUGAUCCCCCCCCCCCCCUCACUAUCAGCUACAAAUGUAAUACCUAGUAAUUUUAUGCAAAAAUAACCAGUAUACCAGUUCCUAUGCUUUUUUGCCCAUUAACACUACUCCGAUGCAGCAGAUGUGGUUGCAUUUAUGUAACACAAUUAUUGUACCUUGACCACAAAUAUUUUUUUACUGAAUAAAUUUUCCUUACAUCUUUUGGCCAAUGCCAUUAUCAAUGGAUUUCACAACAAUAAUAAACCAUUAGAAAUCA